AUGCCACGCGGAAAGUUCACAAAUCACAAGGGCCGAAAUCGCAAAUUUACUAGUCCCGAGGAACUAGAGGAACAGCGAAAACAAGAAGAAUUAAAACAAAAGUGGAGAAAAGAGCAUGGUCAAGAAGAAUCAAGUGAGUCUGAAUCAGAACAAGAAAAGUCUGGCUCUGGUAGCAGUGAAGAUAGUGACUCUGAUGAUGAUAAACCAACAAAGGCGAAGGGUGUGUCAGGACUAAUUGAAGUAGAAAAUCCUAACCGUGUUGUAAAGAAAAACAAGAAACUAAAUAAUUUGGAUAAUUUAGGGGAAGGGGAGAAGCCUCAGUUAUCUAGGCGUGAAAGGGAAGAAAUAGAAAGGCAGCGAGCGGCCGCCGCGUACCAAAAGCUGCACGCGGAAGGCAAAACUGAUCAAGCACGGGCUGACCUCGCACGUCUCGCUAUCAUCCGGCAACAACGGGAGGAGGCCGCGAAGCGCAGGGAAGCUGAGAAAAAAGCUAAGGAUGAUGUGCCCAAGAAAAGGUAG